AUGUUAUCCAGUUAUAUGAACAUCCGUCUUCUGAAGACAAGAGAGUUCACUGCACUUUCCUGUAGAUCACUGUCCCUGAAUGAAAUCUCGGUAGCUCUACGUCCUUUCAUAUUUGAAGUUCAUCCAGAUCGCUUCGCAAACAACCCCAGUGUUCAGCAACAGAAUGAGAAAUCUUUACAAAUUUUUAAUGGUUAUAUUAAUGACUUAUUCCCUGUCUCCUCCAAUAUCAGACCAACAAAAGUUCAAUUCUCCAUAAUUGAUAAGCAUACAAGAAACUUACAGAAUAUACAAAUCAACUUGACCGGUACUGACCCUGUGCGAAUCGCCAAACAAGCCUUAGAAAGAUGUAAUCUUAGUACAAAUCAUUUGCCUAAUCUGUCUAAGCUGGUCAGAAAUGUUGCAGCAGCAAACGACUUUGCUGGAUUUGGUCCUGGUAUUCGCACCAGUAAUAUAGACCAGGACUUACUCAAAAUGUAUCUUCAACGGAAGCGGAAAGGGCCCAAAGGUAAUGAUCUGCAAAAUGCUUUAACUCACACGCGUACUGAAGCUAUACAGAAGUCUAGAGAAGCAGAAGUAACGAAAAUAACACUUAAAGAUGAAAUUGAUGAUUUGAAGUGGAGAACAGGUGCAAAAAAUAUUGUUUGGCAUAUGGACUGGGCUGAAUCGCAUAUGAGAAGAUGUUUGGGAAAUGUUCAUCGUUUAAUAGACCAAUCAAAUGAACAAAGAAGGGAAAGUAUAAUGAAUGCUUUAUACAAAAAUGUUUUGAGAUUCGGGCGUGGUUCAUUCGUAUGCUGUGAUGGCUCGAUACAAUUUGGAGCUGAUCACGUACCCGAGCAAUGGGAGCAAAUAUGCUUGGAGUCAUCUCGUCAACGUUCCCAACUCACUAAUCUUCAAAAUGCUGCAAUAAGACUUCGUGAUUACCUCGGGGGCGCUCUGAUAAUCUUACAUCAUCAAAGAAGUUUGUCACAAACACUGCAACAGAUAGAGUGCUUGAUAACACGGAUAAAGUGUCGCGAAUCAUUACACAAAGAGCUUGAGAAGUAUGGUGCUGAUACAAUGAUAGAAGUGACAACUUCUUACGACGAACUAGCUGUCGGGGUUGAUGGAAGACUAAAUAUUCCAUGUAAUGUAGAUGUUGGCUACUUGGUCUCUUUUCUUCAAGAAAAUUCGAAGAAAGCAGCCGAAAUUAAUAAGGAUAUGAUCCGUCUUCAGGCAGAAAUAGAAGCUGAUAAGGAUGCCUGUAUGAGAGAGUUGAGACUACGUUCUCUUGACUGGGAGAAUAAUUUACCUCUCCCUGAGGUUCUGAAUUCAAUUCGAAGGCUACGUGAUACAGAAGAUUCUCUUCGUGAACUUUUAGGAGGAAUGGGAAUCAAAUUUUGCCUCAAUCCCAACAUAUACGUUAUGAGUGACGGAAAACUAUCAGUCCCUCUCAAUUGGAUUUAG